AAAUGGAAAGCUAACUUAAGGGUAGGUAUACAAUCUCUAUCCGCUGAAUUGCCUUUUUGCCAUUUCUUUCCAGUCUACAAACUACAAGGAGCUCCGGAUUGAGCAUCAAACCCCAAGCCCCGGAUUUUUGCAGUCAAUCCAACAAUGAGAUACGCACCAAUCCUCUUGCCCCUGGCGGGCCUGGCGUCUGCUUUUGUCAUUCCCGACGCGGAGAUUUUCAGCAAUUUGGUUCCGGAGCAAUCCCAGCAGCGCCCUACUCCAGCGGCCCCACUAGAACAGCACUUCUCGAUUGAGAACUCGGCCGACAAGGUCGUCGCCUGGUGGGACAGCCUCCUCGAGCACCUGCCGAGCCGGGAGUCGCUGCUUUAUGCGGCCGGCGACGCCAUCGACUUCGUCUCGCAGGGCAUCGAGAAUGGCAAACAAACGCUGAGCCAUGUUCUUGACGACGAGCUGCAGCUGUUCUCUUCCGAGACGGAAGAAGACGAGAGCGAGGCCGACCGCCCGCGCCACGGCCACAAGCCUCACAGGUCCAACGAGACCAUCUACGAGCUUAUCAAGAAGUCCAAGUACACGACCAAGUUCGCCAAGCUGAUUGAGGAUUUUCCCGACAUCGUCAAGGGUCUGAAUAGCACCCACAGUUGGAACUUGACCUUGUUCGUGCCGACCGACAAGGCGUUUGAGAGGAUCCCCGACCACGGAAAGGAUCACAAGCCGCCCAAGGAGUUUGUCGAGGCCCUGCUCAAGUACCACAUCGGCAUUGGCUUUUACCCUGCCGGUCGCAUCCUGCACACGCACACUAUCCCGACCGCGUACAAGGAGUCGUUGCUCGGCGGUCACCACCAGCGCCUCCGUGCCCGCGUCGGCUUGGGCGGCGUGAGGAUUAACUUUUUCAGCAAGGUCGUGGGAGCCAACUUUUUUGCCAAGAACGGUGUUAUCCACGCCGUCGACCACAUCAUCGUCCCACCUCCCUUUGUCGGACGCAUCAUCUCCCUCGUCCCUCAGCGGUUCUCCACCCUGCUACUGGCCUAUGAAAAGACCGACUUUACCAACUACAUCCACAAGGUACCCAUGGCCGGCGCGACCGUCUUUGCCCCCUCGAACCGCGCCUUUGACCGCCUGGGCCCGCGCGCCAACGCCUUCCUCUUCAACACCGAGACGGGCAUCAAGUACCUCAAGGCGAUACUAAAGUACCACAUCGUCGCCAACCAGACCCUGUACAGCGACGCCUUUUACCCAAGCGAGCAUCACGAAGCCGCCUCGGCCUCGUCCGAGGAUGAGGAAGACGACAUGGUCGCCGAGGGGGGACGGCACUACCACAUCGACCUCCCGACGCUCCUGGACGGCAAGAACGUCGCCGUCGACGUCGCCCGCUGGGGAGGCUGGUUCCGCGUCAAGGUCAACGGCUACAUCCCCGUCACCGUCCAGGACCUGCCCGCCCGCAACGGCGUCAUCCAGGUCGUCGGUCGCGUGCUGAUCCCGCCCCACAAGCACGGCAAGCCUGGUGGCGACAGGGUCGUCGAUGGCGAGAUCGAGGUCGAGGAGCUCAAGGAGAGGCUCGAGGCUUAUGUCGAGGCGGAUGCUGCCGAGGAGGACAUGGGUGAGCUGUAAGCGGGGAAUUUUGUACAACAACGUUUUAACUUGACGCCCAUGCCUGGCAUGCAGCUAUUGAAUAGUAAACGGUUUUUAUACUAGAACUAGCAGAAAAAGUAAGAGCAGAAUCACGAUUUGAUAUCGAUGAAAGGAAAAUCUUGAUAUGUUGAUCUUGUGAAAUCACAUAUGCAGACGUGAUCCACAUGAGCUUCUAAGCCAAAACACUUCGCUGGCAUGUUUGCGCAGGCAAGACAAGUAAUGGACUCUAAGCUCAGGCAGGGUAGUUGCCUUGCCUUAUCUAAGUACCAAUAACAGUAGUAGGGUGACUUGGUCAGGUGCCCAACCUAAUUAUCGUAAACCAGUUUGAUCAACGCAGAAGGACUUUAAUCUCAAGACAUGAUUUCCAGAUAUAAAUAAGUAAAAAAAAAUAAAGAAUAACAAAAGAGUAAAUAAGAGAAAGCCGGUAGUUCGGGGUGCAAUGAAUGAGAUAGUGCCAACGUCGAGAUUGCUUCCGUG